AUAUGUAAAGCUAGCUCCCAGUGAUUAGCCACGUCAUGUAAACUUAGCAGUGGAGGAAUUGUGAUAUCAACGUUGUUGGGGGUCGCAGUUUUUCGGGGGAUAGUGGUUUAUAUUCGGCAAGGAGCUCUUGUUUCAGGGUUAUAGCUGGGCAGUAAUCUUAUGGAAAGAUGUCAGAUAUCGGGGACUGGUUCAGAAGCAUCCCUUUAAUCACCCGGUCCUGGUUUGCUGCCUCGAUAGCUGUUCCCUUUAUUGGGAAACUAGGAUUGGUUGAUUUCAGGCACCUCAUGCUGGUCCCGGAGUUGGUGUAUAACAAAUUUCAUCUCUGGAGACCAGUGACAGCCACCCUGUAUUUUCCGAUAACUCCUAACACUGGGUUUCUGUACCUGGUCAACCUGUAUUUCCUCUACCACUACUCUUCUCGGCUAGAGACAGGGGCGUUUGAUGGCAGACCUGCAGACUAUAUCUUCAUGCUCCUCUUCAACUGGAUUUGCAUUGUUAUAACGGGGAUGCUGAUGAACAUGCGGCUGCUGAUGAUCCCACUGAUCAUGUCAGUGUUGUACGUCUGGGCUCAGUUCAACAAAGACAUGAUUGUGUCCUUCUGGUUCGGCACACGAUUCAAGGCACAUUAUCUACCUUGGGUCAUCCUGGUCUUCAACUUCAUCAUUGGAGGCUCUUUUGUCAAUGAACUGACAGGGAACCUGGUGGGUCACCUCUACUUCUUCCUCAUGUUCAAAUACCCCAUGGACCUGGGUGGACGCUCCUUUCUCUCUACACCAGAGUUCUUGUAUCGGUAUUUCCCUAACAAGAGGGGAGGGGUGUCGGGCUUUGGAGUCCCUCCCAGCAGGAGACCAGCUGCCCAGGAGCAGGCGGGAGGAGGAGGAGGAGGCGGCGGUGGGGGAGGACGCCACAACUGGGGCCAAGGCUUCCGCCUGGGGGGAGAAUGAGAGGAGGCAAGAGGAGAUGGCGACACCCUCCUCCUUAGCUCCCAAUAACAAAUGGCCGUGCAGCUGAUGGUGCAGGUUAAGAUGCUUGCUUCUUCACAUUCUUCUCUGUUUGAGGGGAUGAAACCUUGAACCUCAUGUUUAAUUUUAAAGGUUAUAACAGGAUGAAAUCUGAGGAAGCACGCAUUUUAACUAAGACAGCAGCACACAGCAGGACUCAGACUCUGGCUAUAGGCUCAGUUUACCAAGUAAAGCCAGCUCUACUAUUAACUACUGCGGAUGUGUCCAUGUGAAGCAGAUAGAAGAAAAUCUGAAUAAAUCAUUUUUUUUAUGUGAUGAUUCUUGA